AUCUCACACCCUAAAAAUAACAACACUUCACAUACAACAACUCUUCGAAACAUAAAUAUAUUCAUUAUAAAUCUUUGGUGCUAAUGGAGGUUUCUUCCCUUAGCAAAACACUUAUCUUGUUGGGUCUCCUGUUAGCCACACACACAAACUUGGCACUAGUCCAAGGCUAUCAGGGUGGCGGUGGAGGCACUCGAGUUGGCUUCUACAAGUCCACCUGCCCUGGGGUGGAGUCCAUAGUCCAAUCUGCGGUUGAGUCUGCGGUACAAGCGAACCCAACAAUCGCACCUGGUUUACUAAGGAUGUUCUUCCAUGAUUGCUUUAUCAAUGGUUGUGAUGCAUCUAUACUAAUUAACGGACCCUCAACUGAGAAGUCAGCAGGCCCAAACGCUUUCUUGAGAGGCUUUGAAGUUAUUGAUGCUGCAAAGUCCAAGCUUGAAAAGGCCUGCCCAGGAGUGGUCUCUUGCUCGGAUAUUCUUGCCCUUGCUGCCCGUGAUUCUGUGGUCCUAACCGGUGGGCAUAGUUGGAAGGUGCCAUUAGGACGUAGAGACGGAUUGGUUUCUCGAGGUUCUGAUACGGCAAACUUGCCCGCUUUUAACGACUCUAUAAGUGUCCAAAUCAAAAAGUUUGCGGAUAAAGGUCUUGACAUUCAAGAUCUUGUUACUCUUGUUGGUGGACACACAAUUGGAACAGCAGCUUGUGCAGUAUUCAGCUAUAGAUUAUACAACUUCAACAAUACCAAUAGGCCCGACCCUGAUAUUAACCCAUCAUUCCUACCACAGCUACGAGCACUUUGCCCUAAUGGUGGUAAUGCGUUGAGGCGUGUGGCGCUUGAUACAGGUAGUGUUAAUAGCUUUGGCGGGUCCUUUUACGCUAACUUAAAGUAUGGACGCGGAGUUAUUGAAUCAGAUGCUAAGUUAUGGAGUGAUCCAACAACACAAAGGUUUGUACAACGGUUCCUGGGAUACAGGGGGCGACAUGGAUUGAUAUUCGAUGUUGAGUUUGGAAGAGCCAUGGUGAAGAUGGGUAAUGUUGAGGUGAAGAAUGGAAAACGAGGUGAAAUUCGUAGAGUUUGUACGGCAAUCAAUUGAUAAGGAUAUUGGUUGAACAUGAUUCAUACGUGGUCUGAAUUUAUGGUUUGAAAUUUUAUAGUUUUCUUCAAUAUAGAAUAAUAUCAUAGAUUGUAUGAUUGAAUCAAAGGUUUCUUUGUUAUAUAUGAAAUUAAACGAUCGUAACAUAGUUGA